AUGGCCAUCUCGAUCCAGAAGCGGCCGCAAACCGAUGAUGAGAUCGCUGCGGCGUCGUUUCGUUUCCGUCGUAAGACGGCGCGUGGCAAAGUGAUGAAAGUGCUUCGUGAAACGUACCAGCGCGACGACAUUCCUUGUGGCUGCGUGGCGUGUGAAACGUGUGCGGCAUGGGUCGAGCCAGGCACGCCUAUGCCGGUCCUCCGCGCAGAGGGCAUUGAAAAUACAUGGUGUGCGGACAAGCACUAUGUGCUCAUUGAUACCAACAUUGUGCUGCACCAAAUGGAUGUCUUGGAAUCGUCCGUCUUUACCGAUGUCAUUGUGUUGCAGACGGUGGCGAACGAAGUACGCAAUCGCAGUAUGCCCUUGUACAACCGCCUCCGUACGCUACUGACUGACCCUGACCGCCGUUUCUGGCUGUUUUACAAUGAUUUCCAUGCGUCGACCAACGUCGUGCGCCUCCCCGACGAGUCACCGAACGACCGCAACGACCGAGCGAUUCGGCAGGCGACAGCUUGGUACGGCGCGCACCUACGAACCCAUACACCCUCGUCGCAUGCUAGGCAAAUGGUUCUACUGAGCGAUGAUGUAGACAAUGUGCACAAAGCACGAACAGAUGGCCUGCAAGCAUGCAGCGUGCGUGAAUACAUCACAGGCUUUGCGAAUGCGGAAUCGUUGGCUGACCUGCUCUCCGCCCGCAGUAUGGAUGAGCCUAGCGGGAAGUCGAAGCAUGCAUCUGCAGCUGUAUUUGACGAGUACUGGUCGCCGACGCAGCUCGAAGCUGGUGUGCGAGGUGGCACGCUGCACAAAGGCUAUUUCAAUGCGAAUGCCUACAAUUUCCUGGAGGCGACCGUGCGUAGCGAGACGCUCUCUCAACCUGUUUUGCUGCAAGGUCGAGAGUCCAUGAACCGCGCCGUGGAUGGCGAUGUGGUGUAUGUGGCUCUCUUGCCCAAAAGCGAAUGGAAAGGCGCGUCGGAGGAGGUGCUUGAGGCCGACACGGCGCAGCGCAACGAUGAUGCUGACGAGGAGGUAGAUGAAGCGGAUCCGGAGGUGGAUGAUGCCAAGCCUGCGCUCAUGUCGGCCCAUAAAGAGAAGCAGCCGACGGGCCGUGUUGUGGGCAUUGCACGCCGCAACUGGCGUUCGUAUGUUGCGCACAUUGAUGCGAGCUCAGUCAAUGAGAGUGCGUUGGCUACGCUAGGUCCCCAGACGCUGUUUGCUUCGCCAGUGGACCGCAAGAUACCCCGCAUCAAGAUUCGAACGCGGCAAGCCAAAGAGUUGCUGGGCUGUAAGAUCUUGGUCGCUUUGGACGACUGGAAGAGCACCUCGCGAUACCCCGAGGGCCACUUUGUGCGCUCCCUUGGUGCGAUUGAGAGCAAGGAAGCGGAGCAGGAGAGUCUGUUGCUGGAGUACGAUGUGCCGUAUCGCCCCUUCAGCAAGGCCAUCCUAGCAUGCUUACCGCCGGAAGGCGACACGUGGGUCGUCCCGCCGAAAGACGCGACAGAUGCACGCUCUGUAUCGAUCUGGCGUGAUCGUACUGACUUGCGUGACGAAAUUAUCUGCAGUAUCGACCCGCCAGGGUGCCAGGACAUUGACGACGCGCUGCAUGCCAAGCGCUUGCCGAAUGGCAACAUUGAGGCAGGUGUGCACAUUGCUGAUGUAUCGCACUUUGUGCGCACAGAUACCCCCAUGGAUGCGGAGGCAGCGUCGCGUGGCACGACAGUGUACUUGGUGGACCGCCGUAUCGAUAUGCUACCGCAUUUGCUGGGCACGAACUUGUGCUCUCUGCGUCCACAUGUCGAACGAUUGGCGUUCAGUGUGCUGUGGGAGCUUACGCCCGAGGCCAAGAUUGUGAAUGUGCGUUUUACCAAGUCGGUGAUUGCUAGCAAGGCCGCAUUUACGUAUGAAGAGGCACAGAAUCGCAAGGAUGACGCGUCGCAGACCGAUGCGAUCACAGAGAGCAUUCGACUGCUGAAUCACCUGGCCAUCCAGCUGCGUCGUGCACGCAUGGAAGCGGGCGCUUUGAACUUGGCGAGCCCGGAAGUGCGUAUUCAAUUGGACAGUGCCGAAUCGUCCGACCCGAUCGAUGUGGAGCAGAAGGAAAUGCGCGAGACCAACAGCUUGGUGGAAGAGUUUAUGCUCUUGGCCAAUACGACGGUGGCGCAGCGUAUUUACGAGGCGUUCCCGACGACCGCCGUACUGCGUCGGCAUGCGCCGCCGCCUUCGGACAACUUUGAGACGUUGCAGGACAUUCUGCGGAAGCGCCGUGGGAUGGAGUUGGAUGUAUCGUCGUCUGGCGCCUUGGCCGCGUCGUUGGACCGCUGCGUCGAUCCCAACGACAAGGCUUUCAACACAUUGGUGCGCAUUCUCGCGACGCGGUGCAUGCUGUCUGCCGAGUACUUCUGCACGGGCAGUGUAGCCCGCAAUGCGUUCGGGCAUUACGGUCUGGCGAUGGAUAUGUACACACACUUUACGUCGCCCAUUCGUCGAUACGCUGACGUAUUGGCACACCGCCAGCUGGCGGCAGCGAUUCAGUACGAGCCCCUGCCUUCGAACCUGUUCAGCAAGCACUAUGUGGACCAAGUACUGGAGAAUGUAAACAAACGACAUCGCCUCGCGCAGAUGGCCGGUCGAGCCUCGGUGGAGUUCUAUGUGGGCCUGGCGAUCGCCGCGAAGAACGCCGAGCAUGGUGCUGAUGCUACCUUGGUCGGCCGUGGCGAAGGUGCUCGGCUCUUGCAGGCGGAUGCGUACGUCGUGCGUACCUUCCGUAACGGCGUGGCGGUGUUUGUGAGCCAGUAUGGCUUGGAAGGUCUGAUUACCUUCUCGACCGAUUGCGACUACAAUGCCGAGGCGUACCAAGUCACCGUGCCCGCGGCGGUGUCAGGUCUGCCGAACGACAUCACGCUGGGCGUGUUUGACCGUUGCCGUGUCGAAAUCGGUAUUGAGAAAGACCGCAACACACGUCGUGGGCGUACCAAGAUGGCUUUGGUCGCGAUGUAA